AUGACUAAUCCUUGCAAUCUGCGCUUUGGUGAAGCAAAGCCACAGAUUCUCAUAUCCUCCCCUAUACCAAUACCAGUUAACUCACACAUCAGCAGAUUCUACAUCCAAGCAGCAUGUGGCAAAGAGGUUCCUAAAGGACACAAGAUGGUGUAUAUCAAUGAAGUGGUAAAACUGCCUGCAGUCAUUCACAUGCAUCCGGAUAAGCUUGAGCUGGCCAUGAAAAAAUUUGCCACUGUAUGGGGAGGUUUGGAUUUGACCAAAAAUUACAGGUUGGAAGGCAUGCUUCUGUUGUGGCCAGGCAUAUUGAAGUGCUGGGCUGCAUCCCAUGAUCACAAUGCCAUUAGCUUGUUGGAUUCCAUUGCCCAGGACGGCACCCAAACUCAUCGCCCCAUGACACAGCUAAUCGUUCCAGGGACAAAGUUUGAUCCACACAUUACCAAACCUGUGGUUGUGAAGCAUGAAGCCAGUGCCUCAAGACUGUUCAUCAAAUAUCCUGGGAAGCAAAAGAUGCUCAAUGAAGCAGAGAAGCAUGGGGAGUAUCAAUUGUUCAAGCAACUGUAUGUCCCAGAGUGGGACAAGCCUGCAGGAGGAUGGAUGGAGUUUGCGCCUCCAUCUUUGUCUAUCACAUUGACUCUGUCAUUCAGGCUCAGCAAAUCCAAUCCAGAUCAAUGCAAUUUCAUGAUUUGUGAGGGCAGAAUGUGGGCAGAAAUUUCCAAGGCUCAGGCAGAAAUAUGGGAGUUCUUGCUGACCACACUUGCAGUCUUCAUCCAAGGAGAAGAAAAGAUGUUGGGCCAUCAAGGCCUUGAGAACAGGUUGUGA